AUGACGGCGGAAGACGAAAACGACAAGGAGCUCAGUGAGAAGAUCAUUGAUGUGGCAGAAGCGGCAGAGAAGUGGCAGGUUUUGGCGCCAUAUGCAGAAAAGGUAGCAAGCUUCGUGGAGGAAUAUGGCGAAAUCAUUGAUGGAAUCGGAACGGCCUUUGCAGUAGUUGGUGUUGUCUGGGGUAUCUACUCAAAGAUGGAGAAGGCUAAAGAAGAUGCUGCUCAGCGUGCGGCGAUGGUCGAGAAGAUUACUAAAGCUGUCAACGGAAUGAUCAAACGCUCGACCGCGGAGGUGCAAGCUUCCAUCCGCGAGGAAUCGGUCGGGACUACCCUUGCUCUCGUGCAAACCGUUCAGGUGGGAUUCAGUCGUGAUGUAGUACCUUACUUCAAGGAGUAUCCAGUCAGCGGGUGGGAUACUGGCCUUGUGGACCUGUACUUGUUCAACGCGCGACAAGCGAUUGAGGAACUGCAUCUUCUCAUCGAAAAGCAUGCCAAAAUUGGUGACGGCGGCACUCUACUCGUUCUUUACCGUAACUUGAACAGCAUCUUGCAGUGCAAGUUCACCAUCGACAAGUGGCGCCGCGGCGACGACCCGGAGGUCAUCAACCAAGCAUCUAUAGAGGCGGAACGUCUUUUCCAGGCCGCAAUCACCGUCAACAAUGGCAUGCGACUCAUGAGCGACUUAUCCUUCUCUCCAGGCCUCGUUUACUGGCAAGUUGGGGGUGGUAACCGGCCAUCUCUCGCGCAUUACAAGUAUUACUACAAAGGUCAGAUAGGGCCAACGAUCAACAAGGAUCCGAAAAUCGUCUCUCGGGCUUACAUUGAGCAUCGAGCUGCGGCCCGCAGCACUGUGGUCCCAUCCGACGUAAAUGUGUGGAUCAGACAGGCAGUGGAACUGAGGGGUGAACUUUACGACCGCAAGAAUGGAAGAUGGUUAAACAAAGUCGAUGUUGUUGCAAGUGUAUAG